CGAGUGUCCGUCUGCGAGCGUCGAUCUGAGGGAGUCUGUUGCAAGCCUGGAGAGGGGAAGAGAAGAUGGAUCUCCUGCCAGAUUCAGCACCCCUGGCUACCAAGCUGCAGAACACUCUGAUUCAGUACCACAACAUUGGAGACAGCGAAUGGCGAGUUGCCAAGAGAACUAAAGAUGCUACUGUGUGGCGUAAGCCAUCAGAAGAAUUCAGUGGAUACCUCUACAAAGCUCAAGGAGUGGUGGAAGAUGUUACCAACAGAAUAGUGGAUCAUAUACGACCUGGACCUUACAGGCUAGACUGGGACAGCUUGAUGACUUCAAUGGACAUUGUAGAAACAUUUGGAGAGAACUGCUGUGUGAUGCGCUACACCACUGCAGGCCAACUCUGGAACAUCGUAGCUCCAAGAGAGUUUGUUGAUUUCUCUUACACUACAUGUUAUGAAGAUGGGCUUCUAUCAUGUGGUAUAAGCUUAGACUACGGAGAAUUGAGACCUAAUUUUGUCCGUGGAUUCAAUCACCCUUGUGGAUGGUUCUGCGUCCCCCUUAAGGACCACCCUAGCCAUAGUCUUCUGACAGGUUAUAUUCAGACUGACCUGCGAGGGAUGCUACCGCAAUCUGCAGUUGACACUGCCAUGGCUAGUACGCUGACCAAUUUCUACUCUGACCUCAAAAAGGCUCUGAAAACAUAGUCAAACUGACCUAGAAGUCCAUGCGUUUCUUGCAAUCAAAUUGCAUUGUACAGCUUAGUAUAGGUUAGUUAUUCAGUUCAGAGACAAGUAACAUUGUUCCUGAAUGAUACCUGAAGCUUUAUGUAGGGAGAUCCAAACAACUUUACCAAGUGCUUUUUGAUUUGAUACUUAGCAGGACUGCACACAUUCCUAACUCACAGCACAAGAUGUUCUUUUCCUGUUCAGCACUGUAAAUAUAGUCUCUUAUGGUCUUAUAUAUAAGCCCUCUUUAUUCCUAGAAGGAUAAUGCUCAGCGCUGUAAAUAUAGUCUCUUAUGGUCUUAUAUAUAAGCCCUCUUUAUUCCUAGAAGGAUAAUGCAAGAUGCAGACCUUGGCUUGGUAAAUGCAACAUGAAGACAGCUCUAACCAACAGAAUGUAGAUUGGAGACUGCUCAGGAUUUUCAGUGGGUGCAGAUUCACAUGCAGGCUGCAUCUCAUUGAAUAUUUAAUUUUAUAACCUGUUUUUUUUUAUCUUUACUUUGGAUAUUUGAACUAUAUGGUGUGUGCAGGCACAUCUGCAAUUUCUAUACAAUGUAGUUUAUUACUUUGUAAUCUUGGAUUUAGCAAUCUUCUUUGAUUUACCAUAUAAAUGUUAUAGCUGAAUUUUUGAAUGAUACUAUUCAUUGGAAAACUAUUUGCUUAUAUUAGCAAAAGUAAGUAUUCAUUAUUGGCAUUUCCUCAGUGUUGCAACUGUAACUUAAUUAGCUGUUAUAUGCAAUAGUCUCAGUUUAUAGAUAACAAAAGCUCAUGGAAGUCCUCAGGUGUCUUUCCAUCAUAUUCAGUGGGCUUUUAAUCACAUGCUUAAUCAUCAAAAUAGCAAACCUUCUGAGGUUCCUCUGUGGUACUCCACACCUCCAAGUAAUUCUUAUUUAAAUUUGCAUGCAAUUGUUUUUUCCAAUUUAAAUUUUGCCUUUCUUAACAGCAAAAAACAAACAGACAAAAUGACACUAUAGAAACUGCAGCCAGGUUCACUAGCCUGCUUCUCCACAGGCAGCACUGUAGCCCAAACAUGAGAGACUUGCAGCAUACCUGAGCAUGUAGCCAGGCUCAGCUACCUCAAGUGUGUAUGUGCUGGUGCAGCGUAUAAGGAUGUAUCUAAACUGGAACUUGCAGUAGGCAAAAUAAAUAUUUUUAAAACAUGAACAACUGAAGGCUGAAAACUCAAGCUGCAGAGCUGCUCAGAGCCCUUGGAAGCUGAAGGGUCAAACUUUUCGGGAUAAUUAGCCACCUAAUGGUGCUGAUAGGUGAGUUGCAGAAGGAUUCAAAAGCUUUCUAUCUGUACUACUAGGAAGCUUAAUUUUCUUUAAAGCCUUGUCUGGAGAGCUUAGUAUUUGUACCCAUCAUUUGCUCAAGAUAAGGGUGUAAUUAUCCCUCUGUUUCACCAGUGCUAAUAGAAAUAAGCUUAGCUGCGUAAUAGGUUAGUGAAAAUACCUUGGAGCCCUAGUGUUUCAGAGACAUGUUGUAUACAUUAAUUCCUAAAGGACUACAGCAAGCUGUGUUAACUUUGGUGGUUUACUCAUAUGUCCAGAAAGCCUAAGGAGCUAUUUGGAUCUUAGGGUUCCUAAUAUUUAUUCCACAGUCCAAGGAUUGGUAGGAACGAACCAGAUGGAAGUUUCAGAUUACAUUAUUUUAAAUUGCAGCUUUGCCCUCUUCCUACACCUGUUUCAGAGAGCCCCAUAUCCUCCCUUCCCCUGUCCAUCUGCCCAGCUUUUGUGAGCUGACAUUCUUUAGGCAAGGUCAGACAACAUUGUUUUCUCUGCAAUAUUGGCUCUUUAAAUGCUGGCUACAGUAGCUAAGCUUUUCAUUCUUAUUGUUUGAGCAGAGAGGUAGGGGGAACAGGUGUGGAACAUGAUAUAUUAUCAAGAGAUUUUCCAAUUUGCCUCACCUAAUAAAGCAGCAAAGCAUUUUGCUUAAGACGCUUAAAGACAGUGGCAUCAAGCUCAUGGCUGUGUCUUUCCAGGCAGGAAAAUGUUAUCUCCUUAUUGGGUUUGUAUGUUCUGCAGUUUGUAUGUUAUGCAGUAUGCAUACAUGUAUGUAUAUUUAUAUAUACACACACUCUGUAAAGAACAUAGUUUAAAUCUUGUGCAGAGACAAAUCUGUGCCAGAGAUGCAGGUCAAAAGGAUCACAAGACACUUUUAUAGGAGGAUGUUUGUACCAUGAUAAGCACUGCAGAAAAAUUUAAAGAAGUCUCUGUUCCAAAUGGCCAAAAUAAGGCCCUGAUCUAACUUCUCAAAGAAUCUAGUCUUAUUUAGUGUUCAGAGAAAUGGCCAAGAAGAAAAAAACAUGUGUUUAUGUGGAAGAUAAUUUGCAGCAUAGUUUAUGCAUGAUGUUUAAAAGUAUUUCUUCUCAUGCAGAUUUCCCUUUUAAUCAACAGAAAUGAUCUCAGUAAUAGGCCUCAGGAUGGAAAAAAAUUAUGAAUAAGGGCAAAGUUUCCAGAAGCAAAGUAGGUCUCUUUUGUUGCGCUGCAGUAUUUUGUUCCUUAAGCACUGAUUAUUGUAUGUUUUAACAGACAUGCACUAUUACCCCUGCCAAUGAGUUUGACGAUUCAAAUCAACAACUCAGUAGAUACUAUAGGAGGAAGAUAUUAGGGGUUAUUUUAAAUUAUUUUAUUUUUAACAAACAGAAAAUACUGUGCAAUUCUUCAUUUUCACAUUAGGUAAAUCUAACGUUAGGACAAGGUACUAACAAGUUUUAAGGAUUUAUUUUGUGACUUUUUACAGUCUUAAAAAUAAAUGUUCUGUAUUAUGAGUAUAAUGAUGAGUGACCAAAUAUGUCAGUUAUGCUGCUGAAGCAAAGCACAGCUGGUGCUCACAGAAUUGUAAUGAAUGUGUUCAGUUCAUAAUAUGUGUUAUAGUUGUCUGAAAUCAAAUCUUAUUUUCUUUUUAUAUAGCUAGGGAUUGUGAAGAAUGUGAGACCUUUAAACAGAGCUAUUGCUUUCAUUCCAAUUUCUACCAAAAAUUUCUCUCUUGCAAAUCAGAGUAUCCUGAGGUAGUGCUCAGUCUGUGAGCCAAAGCUGCACAAACAGCAAAUGAGUUGAGGGGAGAAAGUGCAGGAGCCUGCUGUUUUGGUUGUUAAGAGGUAGUGGGGAGCAAAAUAAAUGACUUGGCUUAGAUUUCUGUCAUACUCACAAGUAUGCAUUAGUUUGUGAGGUUUAUCAAUACUUUGCAUUGUUGGGGGGACACAAGGUGACUGCGGUACUUUAAGAAUGUUUCAGAUACAUUAGAGUAUGGGAUAAUGUCAUCUGAAAGUAGCUUCUGAAUGAGGACAUGCCAAAUUUGGCACCCCAAAGUAACUGAGACGAGUUUUUGCUAGAGAGAGGCCAUGCAUUAUAGACACAUCAGAUUUAUUUUUAUAUCAUCAAUAUAUUUUUUAAAAAUAUAUCUUUUAUUAUAGUCUGUUCCUCAGCACUUUAUCUAGCUCCUUUUUGUGGGUGGGAAGGGCACCUAAAGAUGAGACUAUUUUUGUGUUUAGCUUCCUUUUUUUCCAUCAUAAUAGAGUCAUGCCUUUAGCUGUGCUGCUUGUUUUGCAAGUGCAACCUCUGUGUACUCUACCGCAGCCUGCCAGGAGGUGGAGCGGUGCUUUAGGUGGAUACUCUGGGAACAGCACAGCUUUGACCCAAAGCUUGAUAGGUUUGUAAUGCCUGUAAGUGACUGAGAUGUUAUGAGGGUGCAUAAUUCUUCCAGUAAUCAGCAAUAACCAAGAUUGGAGACACUGAAUUGCUUUAAGCUAGUGAUUCGAUCCGCAAGGGAUUCAAUCUUGCUGACCAAGUAACCGUAGUUCUCCUGAAACCAGUCAAGUUGUGCC